CAGCAGAGUGACUGGGUUGCUUCGGUCUGCAGCCGGCGGCACUGGUGGCCACAGUAUCGCCACUUGAGCCCAACGCGCCCAUUUUCUGGCCUGCAACAUCGUGGUGAAAGCGAGGCAGCUGUAGCUGUCCAGCAACAAGCAGCCGAGCCUACUAUCCGUGAGAGCCUCAUCAGUAUCGGCAGCCUCACAGAAAGGAUGGCAAGUUGCAGCGUGGACAAGCCCGAGUUGAUUGUAGGAGGUGACUAUAAACUGAUAAAGAAGAUCGGAGGUGGCUCCUUUGGGGAGAUUUAUCUGGCAGUCAGCCUCACCAACGGCAGGCAGUUGGCUGUGAAGCUGGAAUCGCAGAACGUCACGUACCCCCAGUUGCCCGCCGAAAACAGGCUUUAUGAGAUCCUUCGGGGUGGGGUUGGCGUCCCCAACGUGCAGUGGUAUGGCCAGGAAAAAGAGUAUAACGCGCUGGUCAUGGAACUUCUGGGACCUAACCUGGAGGAUCUCUUCAGCUUUUGUUCCAAAAAGUUCUCAAUGAAAACCAUACUUAUGUUAGCCGACGAGAUGAUCAGUAGAAUCGAAUACCUGCAUGCAAAGAACUUUAUCCACAGAGACAUUAAGCCGGAGAAUUUCCUCAUGGGUACUGGCUGUUACUGUCAGAAGUGUUUGGAGAUGCCCAUCGGGGCAGGUAAUAGAACCAUGACUACCCAGGAUCCAACCCAAGAUCAAUUAUACCUGAUCGAUUUUGGCUUGGUCAAACAGUACAGGGACGACAUCACGAAGGAACACAUACCCUACCAAGCUAAUAAAAGCUUCACUGGCACUGCCCGCUAUGCCAGCAUUAAUGCACAACGUGGCAUUGAGCAGAGUCGCCGCGACGACCUGGAGGCGAUAGGCUAUAUUUUGGUGUAUUUUAAUAGGGGUAGCCUGCCGUGGCAGGGAAUCAAGGCUAGGACGAAGCAGCAGAGUUUUGAAAAGAUACGUGAGAUGAAGAUAGCCACACCUAUUGAAGUUCUGUGUCAGGGAGUUCCUGAAGAGUUUGCCAUUUACCUAAACUACUGCCGUGAGCUGGGGUUUGACGAAACCCCUGAUUACUGGUAUCUGAGGCAGCUCUUCCGCAACCUUUUCAAGUCCCUGAACCUCGAGUUUGAUCACACAUUUGAUUGGACUCUGAUAAGGGCGAAAGGGUCGCAGAUUAAGUCUGCUGGCAAUGACAGCAAACCUGCAGAAAGGGAAACUACUAAAAGCGAGUGUAGCACGAAAGGUAUCUAAGCGUCACAGAGCAGAUUAUUGUUCCAAUUUUACUGUAUGUGUUGCCGAACCAAGCCCUCCAGAGCAGAUUGUCAGAGCAGCAUUAGUUUUGUUUUGUUUCCUGCGUGUAUGUUUUUGCAAAUCUAGAAGUUGUAGUUCCG